AUGAAUACCUUCAGGAAGAAUGGUAACUCAGCUGCAAGGUCAACGCAGAGACCAGCUACCAAAAGACCGCAGAGUGGAGCACCGCAGUCACAGACCACGACCACGAAAACUACGAAGAAAGUGGUAGCAGGGCCCAAUGGUCAACCAGUCCAGGUCGUUGAAGAGCGUACGGUCAAAAAGACCAUGUGGACCCGAGCCGUAAACGGCGCCAGCAAAGCCGCUAAACCCAGCACCUGGAAGCACCCAGGCAAGUCCGCCAAAACCCCCCCCACCCACGCCAGCAAGCUAGGCAAAGACAGCUCAGGCUUCAACCUGAGCUACUACCGCAAGUCCUUCUUCAUGCUCGAAAAACAAGCCCAAUUCGACCUCUACGUGAACGGCCUCGCCCCCAAAAUGACCAUCUGGGAAGUCAACAUGCUCAAAGCGUCCCGCCGCCGCGCCGUGCGCGUCUUCCGUCCGCACGCCGUCAUGUACGAGGCGCACGUCUCGCCGCAGGGCUACACGGCGCCGACGCGCGACCUCGUCGCCGAAGCCAAAGCCGCCAAGCGCCGCGCCGCUGCCACCGCCCAGGCCCGCAAGACCAAGCUCGCCAACUCCACCGCCGCGGCCCCCGGCGACGCCCUCCCCAUCCACCCCACCCCGGCCCACUACGCAAAGAUCCAAACCCCCCGCCCGACAAAGGCCCAGCAGCAGCAGCAACAGCAGCUGCGCCAGAAAGAGGCGGAACAGCGCCUGCGCCAGAAACAGCUGCAGGAGAAGUAUCGGUUGCAGCAGCAGCAGCAGCAGCAGCAGCAGGCUGCGCGGGUGCGGCAGGCGGGGGCGGCUGGGCAGGGCCGCGUGGUGGGGGGGAGGCGUGUGGUGGGGCAGAGCGUGGCGAGUAGUUCGAGGAAUUAG